AUGAGUGCUCCGAUGAAGGGGAGUAUGGCUGGAGACUUUCUUCAAGAUAUUUGUGACGGAAAGUUCACGAAAACUGUGUCUGGGUUGAUGGAUCUACUUGGCCAGUGCCCUAUCACCAUUGCUAAGCAGUCGAUUUAUUACCAGAACGGCAAGUACAGCACCCCAGAACUCAACGCGGCAUACACCGCAGCACAAGAAGCCUACCGCAGCAACCAGAAUGCGCAGUAA